AUGUAUGAGUUACUGGAAUCUUUCGCUCGUGGCAUGGACAUAGAUGCUUUUUGGGCGAUAAUGUCUGAAGCUAUAGACCAAGUCAACGAUGUAUACUCGAAGUUCAGCGAUGCGAAAUCGGUCUAUAUGGAAUCAAAGAUCCACGAAACAUACGACCAUUUACUAAUUGUUGGCAAUGACAUGGUGCAGAAGGCGGCCAUUGCAUGUAUUUUUUCUUACAAAGACAAAUCACUGCUUCCAUACAAAGAGAAUUUUGAACGCCUUCUUGAUGAAAAAUCGUUUCGUGAACAACUCGUCUUGUUUUCCAUCAAUGAAGAGGAAGGAGUGUGCGUAGUUCACGAGGACCACAGAUCUGCUGUGAUGCAUAUUCUGUUAAGAUUUUUGUAUGGUAAGCUCUGGGCGCUGACGAAACGGAACGUGGUAGAGUCUCGGCGUGCUGCUAUUUUUCGUUACCUCGGAGGCUGUCGUACCUAUGAGCUCUUAGAAUUUCUAAAGAUUCUCUUUGCACCUAUUCUCGAUGUCAUUGGUACCAGUGAUAUAGAUUACAACAAGAUGGAAAUUUUAUGUAAUGACAAGGAAUCGCUCUUCAAAAUGGACUUUGCUAAGGUUAACAGGUAUGGGGGAUAGUC